UUAAAUAUAUUAUCGCCUACAUAUGUUAAAUAUAAUAUAUUUAAAAUGCAUAUAUUAAAAAUAAAUGCAUACAUACAAAACGGAAUUAAAUGUUCAUAAUAAACACAAUAAUAUUAUACUAUAUAUAUUAUAUGAUAUAUAAUAAUAACUAUACAAUAUAUUUAAAUAUAUGCAUUGCAUUCAUCAUAUCAUUGCAUGUGGACAGUUCUGUUUGGCAGUCACUGAUCUAUGAUAGUCUCUAUUACAGAUCAGUGGUUGCCGUACCAACACUCGGCCAGUUGCGCAGUAUCAUAGCAACGCUAUUGUAAACAAUACUCUCUCAUUCAUCGCGCUGUUAUAUUUCUUGGAGUAGUGCUUAUUAACGCAACUGAAAAUGCAGCAACCCGAACCUUUAGCAGGGGAAGAGGCAGACGACUCUGGACCAUCUGUUGAGUCUAAAAACCCAGAGGAGAGAAUUACAGCCCGUCGCCUCCGCAUAGCCGCACGAAAUGAGGCCAAAACACGUCAAGAGCUUGGCGAAGAUUCCCAGGAAAAGGAGGAUAUUAAAGAAGAGAUACGGAAAAGUCAGAAGGAAGUGGAGAAAUGUAAAAGGCACAUGACAAAAUUACAAAGUGAUGGUCUAGAGUUGGUGACCAACAUUCAGGUUACCGUAGAUGCCAGAGAGUCUGACAGAAGAACAGAGCUAGAGGAGGCAUGUCGACUGAGGAGAGAUAAGCUGGAAAAUGAGGCCAAGUCCAGCCAGGAAAGGUUUGAGGAAAUCACUCGCAAAUGGACGGAUGCUAAAAUGAAACAGACCCCACUGGAUCUAAGAGAUGCUCUGAACAGCCAGCAACAACUCUGUGAACAGAUUGUAGCAGACAAGAAUAAACUGAUCAGUGAGCUACAGCAGGAGCUGAAGGGAAGUGAUGAUCGCUAUGUGAAGGACCUGAAAAAACAGGCUAAAGACAUAGACCUGCUAAUUGAGAGGAUGGAAGAACAGAUCUCAAAUCUAAAAAAGUCAUACCGAGAAGAUCUGAAGCAGAUUGAGAACUCGUUUGAUGAUGAGAGGAGAACGUUGUUAACCAAACACAGGAAGAAAUGGGAGCAUCAGAUGAAGGAACGAAGCGAGAAAGAGCUGAAGAACAUGUUGCAGGGUUUAAGUCUCCUGGAGGAACAUGAGGACUUGCUGCAGAAGCUGAGGGUUCAGAAAGCUGAAGAAUACAACAUAGACAAAAUCAAAAUGGAUACAGAAGUGCAGAAUUUAAGAAAGAAGUUACAAGAGGUGAAGUUCAACUGCCAUCUGAAUGAAGAAAAACUUGAUUACAAAUAUGAGGUGCUAAAGAAAAGAGAGGAAGAAAACGCCAUCUUAAAAUCCCAAUUGAAGAGGAAAAUUAUAAGAAUGCAAGAUAUUCUCAACAACCUAAAGUCUAAAUGCGCCAAUCAAGAGAAGCAGUCGAAAGCAGAGGAACAAUCACUGAGAAAUGACUACGCACGCAUCAAACAACAGUACAAAGAUAUGCAGAAGAAAGCAAGACACUUUGCAGCGUUGGAUGCCGAGCGUUUUGAGAAGAUAUGGUUGAUAAGUGAAGGUGAAGUAAAGGCCCUGGCACACAGGGCGCUGGAGACAGACAGAAUAAUUCACGAGCAGCAGCUGGGUCUGGCUUGGGUGUCUCCUCCGCUCCCCUUCAUGGAGCGCUCCGGUCCGAUCGAACAUAAGACCCUCAGGACAGCCUCACAGGCAGCUGCAGAUACCCUGCAAGAGGAAACAGGAGGAGAUUCAGUGGAGGAAUCUGAGGGUCUCGAGGACACUGGUAGUGGAGUGAACAGGAGAUCAGUGAAGAGAAUUCUGGAGCUACUGUGUGACGAAUUGGGUUUUCUCGUAGAGAGUAAACUGCUGAAGCUGGUGUCUCAUCUGGAGAAGAAUGAACAGUCCCUUAUAAAGCUAGAUUGCAUUUUCACAGCAAUAGGGAUCGAGAGUGAGAACGAUGUGCAUAAAAUGGCUGAGUUCUUAAUGAAUUACAGACAGCAUGGCCGAGAGCAGAGGGAACUGAUGGAGGAAGAGGAGACAACCAACAACCAACCCUCUGACAUUAUCCAUCAUAAUGAUCUACUAGUGGCUUUGAAAGAUUUUACCACCCAAUACUGCAGACCCCAUGAUCUUCAGGUCUCACAGAAGAGCAGUGUUUUGGGGCUGGAUAUGAGAGAUGACUCUGAAGAUACAGCAUACUGGGAGAGCAUAGCUAAUGUCAUCCCAGAGUCCAAACUCAGGCUCUGGAGUGCUCUAGAUACAGCUCUCAACAAGUACCAUACUGUACUGACUGAUAGGGCUAAGCUUCUGGCAGAUACACAGAAUGUUCAACAACAGAAUACUGAGCUCAGACAGCUGCUGCAUCUUUAUACAACCUCCAAGGCCAGUGCUGAGCCAGAGAUGCAGCCCACCAGGAUGAGGCAGUUCCACAUGUGAUAUACUUUAGAAAAAUAAAAUGAUGAAAUUGUAUUUCUGUAUUUGUAAUCUAAAUGAUGAAAAACAUGCAUUUCAGCACUGCAAUUGAAAUUUUCGAGCUUAAGUUAAAUUAUGAGGAUAGAAAUAAACCAUUUUCAGCACAAAAAUCUGAAUACUUUUUAAAAUAUUAAUUGCUAAGCAUGUAAGCUGGCAGGGGGAUACAAACACAUUUGUGCUUCUGAAAUUAUCUUGAUCUAUAUAGUGUAGUAGUUAGCUAUCUCUGUGCCGUACGUGGUCGCUUGUCGAGCAUGAAAAACAAGUUUUAUUUAAAUUCUGAAUAUAUUAUCAUAUACAGCAUGCAAAGACCGCUCCCUUUAAAUUUAUUAAAAACUGUCAAUCAUUCAUCACAAUCUUACAAAGUUCCGUUUUAACCAAUGAAUGUGACCAGACAAUGAAAAAAAAAAUUUUUUUUAAUGAAGUUACGAGCAUGAGAGAACUCGGCGCUGGACAAAAAGCGGUAAGUGCGUGGAUUACAACCUAAACACCUCUGAUUGGCCAUUGCAUUGUAGAAAUCAACAAACAUGUCUUUGAUUGGCUACUUUGCUCCCCUCUGCAAAAAUGCAUUGUAAAAUCAUUUGACGCUUCCCAAAGCAGAAGAUACACUGAAUUGUUUGCCAAAUCUAUUUCGUUAUGCUAUUAUUACGAAGAAAACAGAUCCUAGACCAGGAGUUAUGGGCAGUUUUUCCAUCCGAACUUGGUGACCCCUGAGUUAGAAUAUUAUACAUGCUAAACUAAAGUCCGGCCAUCCCCCUCGGUCCGGAGGGGGGCACAGGGAUGUCCGUGGGGGGGAAUCUAU